AUGAGUUACACUGUAAAUGAAGACCAUUCUGAAAACGGCUUCGAGGCAUCCAAAGAGAUCAAAGAUAAAGAUUGGGAGAGAAAACAACGGAAUCGGGAAUAUCGAGUCGCUGCACGGCGUGAGAAGAGAAAUCGCAAAUCGGACGAGAAGAAACAAAGGAAACUCAAUGCUACAAUCCUCCGUCGAAUGACCAGGAAUCCCGACAAGUACAACAAAAAUGCUGAACGCAACCGUCUCCGGGAUAUUGAGGGCGAAAGACGAAGGAUCUGGCAGGAGGCUGUUCGACAGGCACAAAGACUAGCCGUAGUACACGAUCAGUCUGGGGUAACGUUCAAUGUGGGACCGGUCGCGAUGCAGGAGGAUGGUACUGUCAUCUCUCAAGGCACCCUAAGUCGGCGACAGGAAAAGGCCCAAGAAAGAGCUGCUGCGGAGCAAACCAAGGAAGGAGGAUCUACCAAUGGCACACGGACCACUGAUGAACCUGGCGAUGGAGAAGCUCUAGCGUCUACUUCUACCAAUUCUCCAGCUUUACGCAAUGGGAUAAACCCCGAUCGCCUCACGUAUAUAGAAGCUGUAGCAUCUCAACGGCCACCUAGUCGUCUAAGCAAAACGCAGCAGAAGAAGAGAGCGGCUCUUGAGCCGCGACCACCGCCCCCGAAACCUACAAUCCCGGAAGGUGUCUCGAUCCCGGAAGGCGAAGAAAAUUGGCUGGAGUUGUGGGACCUACCCGAUGAUCAGCUGGAGAGGAGGGUUCUCAGGAAGAAGAAGCGCAAAGCCGCCGAAAGAAAAGCUCUACGUUUGAAACAGAAAUCAGGCAAAGCGGAGCGUCGUGUCGCCAGAGACGAAAAGAGGAGAGUCUAUCGAGAUAUCAAACUCACUUGGAAGGCUAUCAAAGAGGAGCAAACGAGGGAAAAGACGAGACUGAAGAGUAUUGAGGAUGAAGAGUCAAAGAAGAUUGCCGUUGACAUUAACAUUUUAGAGCGCAAGGCGGCGCUUGACUGUUGCGCAGCGCUAGGUUUCACACUUGCCAACACCCUUGGUGUAGACGAGAUCAAGCCUCGGGCUUUAGGUAUGAAGGGUGUCGAAGUUGACUUUGAUGCUAUUGAGAUUGGAGGGUGUCGAAGUGACGUGAAGCCCAAGAAAGCCAACAGCAGAGUCAACCUCGGAGACGUCCCAGAUCAUGCAAAGGCGGAGUACAUCUCUACGGCACAGCUAAGUGAAGAGAGGGAACCAGAAGAUUUCAUCAAAUUAGAUGUUGGCGAAGGUCAAGAUCUUGAGACGCUCAACUACAACCACAAGCUCCGACGAAAACUCCGCAGGGCUAUCGACAAUGCUGAAAUUCGCAAGGAGAUGCUGGUUCGCCAGCGUGCACUUGACCACUGUAACGAAAAGAACAUCGAGGUCCCGUCAGAGUUGAGAACCCCUUACAAGGCAAUCAAUGCUAAAGGCCAGAGGAUCCUCGAGAACGGAACACUCGAGACUGCGAAGCAAGAAAGAGUCCGUGCAAGGAUGGACCUGGCCGAAUAUAACACUCAGAUGCGUGUUCUCAGGAGGCAAGCCAAAGAGGCUGCCAUCUACGCAGGUUUGCGCAAACAUGCUGAGCUGAUAGGCAAGAUCGCAUCGAGUGAUCCUGACAUAAAACAAGAAGAAGCGGACAGUGAUGAAUACGAGGAUGGUCAUGCUGAUGUUAUGAGCGCCCUAGAGAAUUCAUUGCCAAUUGCAGCUCCUGGAGCUGCCAGAGUCAGGAUGAAACGAAGCCGAGCUGAGAGCGAGAGGUCAACAUCCAGUGACGGUGGCGAUCAAUCAGAGCAAGAUUCAAGAGCUCUAUCCAAGAAUAAUUCGAAUAUUGAGUCAUCAACUUCAACCCAUGAUACCAAAGCCAGUAAACGGCAAAGGCUACAAAAUGACGGCUCGAAAGUAAGUAACAAGCAGAGCGAAUCGACAAACAGUGACCGUCAGGUAAUGAUCGACGCCGAGCUAGCGCUCAGUGCAAACAAGAAGCAGCGCAAAGAUGCGCAGUUGCCUAACCGGUUUGGCUUGUUAAGGGAGGUCGACGCCAACGCCGAGCGUAAUUCAGGGAGGAAUGGCAUAGGCAAGGGCGCCAAUUCAUGGAAUGUGGAUGGGUUGCCCGGCGACACGUCUCGCAAAAGCAAAUUUCUGCGACUGCUCGGAGGCCAGAAGUCAACCAUGGAAGGAAGUGAUGGAUCGGCGGGUCUUUCUGCUCGUUCGGCUGAGUACAGCGGUCACAUUAAUGCAGAUCUGGAGAGACAGUAUGAAUCUGGCUUGUCGUACAAAAAAGAAUCGAAGCGCAAAGGCUUAGGCUCUUGA